CAAGAAGGUCAUGUGAUUCAUUGAAAACGUCACCGAAAUGGCAGAUCAACCGUCUAAGACAGAUAUUCAAGCAAUUUUCAAACGUCUUCGUUCAAUUCCUACAAACAAACAAUGUUUUGAUUGUCAAAGCAAUAAUCCAACAUGGGCAAGUGUAACCUAUGGUGUUUUCCUGUGCAUUGAUUGUUCAGCUGUUCACAGAUCCCUAGGGGUCCAUAUUACCUUUAUCAGAUCUACACAGCUGGAUACUAGUUGGACAUGGAUACAAUUAAGAGCCAUGCAAGUUGGUGGAAAUGCAAAUGCUACACAUUUUUUCCGUCAACAUGGUUGUACAUCUUCAGACUCACAGCAGAAAUACCACAGCCGAGCAGCUGAGUUGUAUAAAGGAAAGUUACACUCACUAGCAACACAGGCCAUGAAAUUACAUGGUACAAAGGUACACAUAGAAAGUCAUCAUGAUUCUACAUCUCCAGUACACAAGGAAGUAGAUUUCUUUGAUGCCCAUACAGAGGAUAAAGAACCUGAUUUGAUUCAAGACAAUCAGAAACUCACAUUUACUUCAGAACCAAAGCCUAUUAAAAAUGGAAGUCUCAGUAAAGCAGAGGAAAUAGAUCCAUCAGAAGGUCCUUCUGUUGAUCAUGCUUUGAGUAUGUCUCCUACCCAAGCUAUGGCUGUUGCUGAACCAAGAAAGGCAUUGAUAGGUGCCAAGAAAACAGGAGGAGCAAAAAAAUCGAAAGGAUUUGGUGCUCAAAGAGUAAAAGCAAAUUUCAGUGAAAUUGAGAAUAAAGCCCAGCAACUUGAUAAAGAAAGGGAAGAGCUAGCUAAGAAUAUGGCGGUAGAAGAGGCAAAAACACAAGAACAGAAAGAUAAACAAAUGGCGACUAUGAAGUUAGCAUAUAAAGAUAUGAGUAUAGAGAGAAAGAAACAAGAAGACAAGUUAAUGAUCAAUGAUCCAAAGAAAGCAGCACAGUUUGAGAGACUUGGAAUGGGAUUUAGUGGACAUAAAGGAGUUAGUCACUCAGCUAUGACAGAUAUGCAGACAAUUAACCAAGACUCUCCAGAUAAAGACAGCAAAUCACGAUUAGAUAAAUAUAGCAGUAAACCGACAAGAUCCAGAAAUUUCUUUGAGGAUGAACUGGAUGAUAUGGGAUUUUCAGGGAACAAAAAUGAGAGUGCAUUUGAUAUAGACAGAGACAAUAGCUGGGGAAGUAAAGAAAGUAGUUGGGGUAGCAGCAAUAAAUCUGGUAGCUGGGAUAUAGAUAGAUUUGAAUCUAAACAAAGCUUUACUGAAAAUUUUCCAUCAAAGAAUGAAGAUGACCGACCAAGUAGAAGUAGAAAGGCUUAUGAUUACAACACAACUUCAUCUGCAGAAGAUGCACAGAAAAAAUUUGGGAACGCAAAAGCCAUUUCAUCAGACCAAUACUUUGGAGGUAGAGAUUCAGAUUUUGAAACUAAACAAAAUUUACAGAAAUUUCAAGGAAGUAACAGUAUAUCUAGUGACGAUUAUUUUGGUGACAAUUCCUCUAAAAAUAGAUCUUAUAAUAGUGGACCCGAUUUACAAGAGAUUAAAGAUGGUGUACGACAAGGUGUUACUAAAGUAGCAGGAAAAAUAUCAUCUAUAGCCAGUGGUGUUAUGACAUCUUUACAGAGAAAAUCUUGAGCUUUGCGUUUGCACUAACUACAUAGGACAAAUAUGGCAAUUGAUGGGAAUUUAUAUUAAUUUUGGUCAUCUUAUUAUUAAAAGAACAGAAGAAAAGGAAAACCUGCUUAACAGACAAUAAAAAACAACUCUUUUAUUCCUCUCUGGUUCACCAGCUUAAAGAAGAGUCUGAAAACAAUAUUUGCAGGAAUAACAGUUGAUUGAAUUUAUGAGAAUAAAAGAAAAUGGGAUUUAUUUAGUCAAAGGUUUAUGCCAUUGAGUAAAUCUAAAAUAUAUAUUUAUAUGAAUUCAUCAUUAUUCAAAAGGAGGAUUUUGCGGCACAGAUAUUUGUUUAGAAAAAAAAUGUAUAAACAGAGUCAUUCCGGCUAUAUUAAAAGGUUUUGCAGUGCAUUGCAAAGUACAAUUGUUUGUUGUACAUUAUAUUUUAUGCUAAUUGUAUGACAAUUUUGUUGAAAUGGUUCUAAUUUAUAUCAUUAGUAUAAAUAGAUUUCAUUUAACGUUAAAAAAGAUAACUGGCAAUUUUUACAUCUAUUUGGUUAAUUAAACCCCCCUUAUAUGUUUCGUUAGCAAAAAGCUCAAUAUACUCCAGAUUAAUUGAAAGAGAGGGAGAGGGAGGUUCUUGAAAGUGCUUUUCAACCCAUUACAGUUUUCUCUGAAUUAAUAAAAGACACAUAACUGAGAAAUUG